AUGUUCCUCGACACAGCAUUUAACUCUUUCCACACCGUAAUCUCAAACAUCCACUUCGCAUUCAUCGAAACCGCAACCAAAAUGUGGACAUACGCCCGUCAUCUCCCUACCGGAAAACAGCCAAGCACGAAAUUACUAAUCAAUACAACAGACCUCGCAUUUGUCCUCAUGAAGAGCAAAGGCAAGAAUAAGAAGAAUGUAGGGUAUAAAUGUGGGGUCUCGAAGACGAUGGUGGAAUGGCUUGCGAUGAGAGCUUUUAUUACUGUGUUGAGGAAACGACAGGCUAGAUAUACGAAAGUGCUGGAGUGGUUGGAGGGGAAGAUGCGGGUUUUUGAGGGGAGGGAAGGGAAGGUUUGUGAGAGGUUGAUGGGGGUUGUGUUGUGA